CCCAUGGCAGUUGACGACAGCAUGACGUCGGGCAGAUUACGCAGGUCCGUGGCGUCGUCGGACGAGUGGGAAGAGCUUCAGACGCCGGACGUACAGCUUCUUCUCGACUUCUGCUAUUGCAGCAGCAGCAGCGAGCUCAUCGAGGCCAUGCCUCAUUGGGUCGCGACGCACCUCGCCGAGCCACGCGCGUGGUUGCCGUUGCUGCGAUGCAGCCAUGUUGCCCGCAAUGCGUCCUUGACACGAUCAAUCUCAACGCACUGGCUGUCCACGACGGACGGUGAUGCCGUGAUGCGACACCUGAGCACGGUGUUUCGCGACGCGAUCAACGCCGACGCGCUUCGCGUCGUCUUCACUUUGGCCCACUCGACGAGAGCUGCAGCGCCAUGGAUGUGGCUUGCGUCUCUCAUGGACCUGCCGACUCAGCCAGGUCAAUUCACUUCCCGAUAGGCCUCGCCGUCAGUUUGUUUCUUGUGUAGUUCGGGCGUGGAGCUUUUUUGGUCGGCACUCCGGACUGUGCUUUCCUAUGACGUGCCAUCAUGGCGACUGCUUUGAGUUGGACGUAAGCGUGUGCGUCGAUCCAAUCGAAGGCGCCAAGAUGACGUUAUGGAGCUGGCGCAACGACGCGUCAGGUUGCGGCUUGGACCUUGCCAUUUCGGGCCAAUCACUGAUCUGCUCGACGUGGAGCGUCGCAACAUGUUCGUCGCGACAGAUCGACGUUGAGAUCAGUGAUCGAUGGAACCUCAUUGCCUUGGAGCUUUCUGACGGCUUCCUCACGUGUCGUGUCAAUGGCAAUGUCGUCGACGUCGCAGAGGCCCUACCCUGGCCCGCUGCAUCGAAGCACUCGUUGAGCGUUGCGGCCUCUUUGAACCCAGCGGUGUCGGCGGUGCCAUUGCAAGGCCGGGUCGCCACCAUGCGAUUGAUUUCGCCGACACGGUCAUACGUCGUGCUUGACGCAGCCUACGAGGCCUACGACUCGACGAGCGUCACGAAUUGGGCCGAGAACGGGCAGAACACACGUUUUGCACGAAGAACUUCCGUUGACGCCCCCGGCGUUGCCCUUUGGACAUUUACGCACGUGCUUGACGUCUUGCGCUCGAGCGGUGGUGUUCUUUGGUCGCUAACGCCCUUCUUCGAGCGUACAAUCGCCGCGCCCGAACAACCAACAGCUCGAGAGUCCGACAAGGAAUGGGACCGUACGCCGAUGCUCCUCUUUAUCUGUCGUGCAAUCUGCAAUGACGCAGCGACGGCCGACGAGGCGCUCGUUCCGUUCCAGCACAACCCGAGCCUCGGUACUUUUGGCCAUCUAUGGGCGCGCCACUGGCUCCACUCGCAGCACUUGUCCGCUACGCUCAUUCGCGCCGUGUUUGAGGCCACGACCACCCUUGUCGUCCGAGCAGCGACGUUGCCAGCGCAAUCGGACCUCACGCCGUGGCUCCAAGUCGUGCUGUCGAGCCGCCAGUGGUGCCGAUGCUCCAUCGACUUGCAAACGCUUUACCUCGCUCACCUCGACGCGUGCGUGGGCUUGAUGGCGAUCGAGAACAUUCCACAGAUGCGCUUUUGGUACGACACCUUGACGCGCUUCUCGGCCAGCGCGUCGUUGCGAGAGCAAGUACUGCGCAUCGUGGAUCGCGUCCUGUUCCGGUCACCGACUCACGCAGAGUCUGCGCUGGACGCGCUUCACGUGCACUUAGUUCAAGAUAAGCAGCACGGCAACGUCGACGUGCUUACAUGGUGGGCCCAGCGCGUGCUGGCCUCGGAAAGCGCCUCUUGCGACAUCGACCAUAAAUGUGACUUGUGGAUUGAGCACGUUGGCGCCGCGCACUUGAAGUCGACCCGCGUCGCUGCAUUGCGUGUGCUCGCGGCAUACGCCCGAGACCACCAUUUGCGCAGAGCCUCGGUCUCCGCGCUCGCCGAUCGCUGCGUCGUGUUGGACGAUUCGAUGCCAGUCGUGGCGGAGCUCGCGUCACUGCGAGACCCUGCGCUUCUGUUGGAGUGCGCAAUUCGAUCGACAUCGCUGCGCUGCAAGCGACAGUGCAUCGGCCUCCUCGUCGCCAACCCCGACGCUCUCAUCGCUCGACUCUCGCGAUGGCAUUCGUCACCCAUCACAAUGGUCCAGCAUGUCGCGCGCGUCGGCUUGUCUGUGCGGGACCGCGAUGCAGAGUGGCUUGCGGUCCUCGAUGGCACGGCGCGGCUGCUCGGCCACUGCAUUGGGCACGCGCUCAGUGCCCAGGUUGACGCAACUUCAUUUCUCGAUCAGGCAUUGACUGCGUGCGCUCGAAUUGGCAUUGUUCGAUCCGUGGUCGCGCUAGUCCGCGAUAUGUGCCCGCCCAAGCACGCUGCGGCGUUUCUAGCCGCGGCCUCAACGCUCGACAAUACACCCGCAUGGGUCUUGUCGCUGCUGCCGCUUUGGCGAGCGCUCAUGGCUCUGCCCGUCACGGACUGGAGCUUUCUCCGACGUAUUACCGGCUGGGUACUCGCGCUUGAGGAGAUGGCAUACACUGCGGAUGACUUUGUAUAUUGUGGGGCGUGCCGGUACCUCGGACUAGACCACGAGUGUCCGAAAUGUGGUGUCCCCGGCGGUGAUCCGUACCGUCGAGACUUGCUACUGGUCCAAGGCUCGUGGCUCGAGAUGGACGUACCCGAAGCAAUAGCUCUCAAGUGUCUGCUGCUCGCGACGCUUGCGCAGCACCCGCAGGCGGCUGAGAAGGUCCAGUGCCUCAUCUAUAUGCUGCCGCCACACCUCGCUCGACAGAUCCCCGACGUCGGCGACCUCUCGCCCUCGGUUCGGCAGCAAAUCGAUGCGAUCGUGCGUGGGCCGGCUUUUGAAGCAGCAAUCGCGCCGCUUUGUUCGGUCACAUCGAAAUCGGCAAAUGUCGUCGAAGACGGAAAUGAAGAUGAGGCCCCCUGGACACCACCUACACUGCCAAAUGACCCGGUGCCCUAUAAUGACGCUGGCCGGGCCGUCGGUGACACAGCGUGCAUUCGGCGGGUGCUGAAGCGGGUGAGCAUGUCGCAUUCCUUGUGGCAGACGGACGCCUUGGUGCCGUGCUACCGCGUUGACAAAGCUGAGUUUGGACUUGCACGAUUGCGUCCCCGUCUCGCCCCAUGUCGCGAGCACGUUGACGAGUCGCCAACGGCUCAACCUCGUCAUUUUGAGAGCUUAUCAGAGGCCCUCGGAUCGUCAACGGAGCUCUGGCAGCACUCGGCCCGGCUCCGAGCGCGUGCGACAGCGAAAGUCACAAGGGACCCCACUCCGUCCGGCAACUCGGUCUUUGUUGCGAAUGCGCUCGUACUUCGCGCCAGAGGCAAUAUUUCGGGCAGGUUUGAGAUCUCGUCGUCGCAUUUCGUCUUUGCGCCCCAUGAGUCGAGCUCACGAAAGUUGGCCGGCAUUGACGAGAUCAAGUACGCGCUGGGACGCCGCUACCUCCUUCAAGCUGGCGUCGCCAUCGAGAUCUUUUGGUGGUCGCCGAGAGCGCCGUGGCUGGUAGUCUUCGAGUCGGAACGUCUCUGUACGCUGUGCUACGAAGCGUCGCGUCCGCUAGCCUUGGCAAGUCUCGUGCAACGCGCAGUACAUUUGGUACCGGCCGACUUGACUCGCCUGUCGACGCUGCUCAGAAAGCCAACCUUGCCAUCCCCGAGAGCCUAUCUGGAGGCAAUGGAGGCCACGAGUCGAUGGCAGUCCCAGUGCAUCUCGAACCUGGAGUACCUCAUGCUCGUCAACACGGCGGCCGGACGCACGUACAAUGACUUGAACCAGUACUUUGUCGCGCCGUGGGUUUCUGAGCCAACGGUGGCUGGUGCGCCACGGCCGCUGCACGUGCCGAUCGGCGCGCUUAAUCCGAGUCGACUCGCGCAAUGCCAGGCACGAGCGUCUGCCCUGGCGUCCGAGCUGGACGAUGCGCCGCCGCCGUUUCUCUUUGGGUCCCACUACUCGACGACGGGCUCGGUCCUCUACUUCCUUGUACGGUUGCGUCCGUUCACCCAGUACGCCAAGGACCUUCAAGGAGGGAAACUGGACCACGCAGACCGGCUUUUUCACUCGGUCACGGAAGCGUGGACCAACUGUCUCACGUCGUCCGACGUCAAGGAGCUAGUGCCAGAGCUAUUCUAUCAUCCUGGCGUCUACACGUCGCCGUCACCCCUCGGUAUGCGCCAGAACGGCACUGUCGUCGGUGACGUUGUCCUGCCGAACGACUCGACGCCAAUGGCGUUUCUUGCCAAGCUACGACACGAUCUUGAAGCUGCCGACAUUGCACCGUGGAUCGACCUCAUCUUUGGCUAUCAGAACUCGGGCGCGGCUGCGUGGGCUGCGAACAACGUCUUCUUCCAUCUUACCUACGCCGAGCACGCGCCGCCCGUGCCGCUGGACUUUGGUCCGUUCGCGGCGCAAGACCAGGAUCCCGCGACGACGCAGAUGCAGUACUUUGGCCAGACGCCACCCCAAGUAUUUUCGUCCCCGCACCCGACGCGCGGCUUUGUCUGCCAAAUUGCGGCUUCGUCCGCAAUGGCGCUCACGCGCGUGAUGACGCCGUCGCCCAUUGCGUGGGUACUCAACGCGAAAGGGUGUGUCGUCUCGGACGACGGAACUGUAUCGCAGCGCCUCGAUGACACGGACGUCCUCGUCAUGUCUAGUCAUCUUUCGCUGCCGUGUGCACCGACUAUCGUCUUGGACGUGGGUCCAGCCCACUGCCCAGGUCGCUAUUUCGUGCUGCUUGACAUCACGCACGGUCUCGCCGUUUACGGCGUUGACAUCGACUCGGGACGCGUCGUGGUGGCACCAUCAAACGCCGCGUUUCUUCGCACUGGCCAGCCCAUGGCAUGCGCCGCCACGUCCAGCGGUGCUUGCAUCUGGAUUGAUUGCCACGGGGUCUUGCAGGUGUGGACCAAAUCCGUGCUCCUUGAGUUGCUCUUUCCGACAGUCACCGUUUCGCCGUCUGAAGCGCCAACAUCCUCGACGACCAAGUGGUCUGCACUCUGGUCGUCUCUCUGGACACCACACACGCACCUCCCACCCCGCGUACCUCCCAUCGUUCGCCCAUAUCGCACGCUGGGCGUCGGCGACGUUUCUGCAACCAACGUGGCUGUCAAUCUGGACGUCGACUUGGCUGUUGUGACCACGGUCUCGGGCCUCGUGCAACUCUUUGCGCUCCACGCGACUAAGUGGCUCCGAAGCUUCGACGUAGCCGCCAACGUCGGGCGGGCAUUGCAUUUGACAAGCGCGUCGAUUCUCGCACCCGAGUCGUAUAUCGUGGUCGUGUCCGAGACGCGGGAAGGCGUUGACGUCAUUGCUGUCGACGUCAACGGCGUGCUUCUGAGUGUAUUCUCGCUACCAUCGGCAACGGUUCGUUUCGUGCAAGCCGUGCACGUUCCCCGUAAGCACACGUGCCCGCCGCUUGUGCUGCUUUGCACCGAGUCGCAGUUCUAUUUGUACUCGAUUUUGGAUUCUGGUGUCGUAGUUGCGCGUCAGCGUAGCCGCCUCAUCAUCCGGCGCGUCUUUGUCGAGGACGACACAGUCGUGCUUGGAUUUGACUCUGGCGACGUUGACCUCCUCAGUCUUCGGGGCCUCCUGGCCCAAGCAAAGACGCCCCAUGAAUAAGCAACGCCAUAACACAUAAAACGUUUCACAG